CAAUCUUUGAUGAUUGUCCCACCGCGCAGUCCAAGUCUCAUCCUCCACGACCUUUUUUCCUGCCUUUUUCAUUUAUAAACUUAGCGGCGGAACGUGCUUUCCCCCUUGGAUUUUUCACUGACAUAUAACGGCCACCUUUACUUUUUUUUGAAUACUGGGUUUUUAUACUUUGAACUUACUCUCAUAGGUUGACCAUGGCCGUACCGGCUGCUUUGAUCCCACCGAACCCGCUGCCGCUGGUUCAGCCGUCUCCGAUCCCAACUUCAGCUCCAACCUCCUGCUCACCCUCCGCAACUUCUUCGCCGUCUCCAUCUGUGGCCCCAACCGCGCAGAGCUUGUUCCGCUCCGAGCUCAUCUCCACCACCAGCCCCGGCAUCCCGACCGCCGCGCUUCCCAGCAAGCCCGUCUACUCGACCCCGUCGCCUGUUGAAAACACCCCACAGAAUAACGAGUGCAAAAUGGUAGAACUCAGAGGCGCCAAGGUUGCCUCGUUCACGGUGGACGGCUGCGAGCUCAUCUGCCUUCCCCAAGCUUUCGACCUGUUUCUGAAGCACCUGGUAGGGGGACUGCACACCGUCUACACCAAGCUGAAGAGACUGGAGAUCACGCCGGUAGUGUGCAAUGUUGAGCAGGUCCGCAUUCUGAGGGGACUCGGGGCCAUCCAACCCGGCGUGAACCGGUGCAAACUCAUCUCCAGAAAGGACUUCGAGACUCUUUACAACGACUGCACAAAUGCGAGCUCAAGACCCGGCAGGCCACCGAAGAGGACGACGCAGAGUGUGACAUCGCCCCACAGUGAGAACCCCCACAUCAUGCCCCAUAGCGUGCCCGGCCUCAUGUCUCCUGGCAUGAUCCCCCCCACAGGUCUGACGGCUGCCGCCGCUGCCGCUGCUGCUGCCACCAACGCCGCCAUUGCCGAGGCCAUGAAGGUCAAGAAGAUCAAGCUGGAGGUCAUGAGCAGCUACCACGGCAACAACAACCAGCACGGACCAGCCGACUCGGAGAACGGCGACCUCAGCUCCAGUGUGGGCUUGGAGCUCCCAUUCAUGAUGAUGCCCCACCCCCUAAUCCCCGUCAGCCUGCCUCCCGCCUCGGUCACCAUGGCAAUGAGUCAGAUGAACCACCUCAGCACUAUUGCCAAUAUGGCGGCCGCCGCACAGGGACAGAGUCUGCCAUCCAGAAUGGUGACUUCAGUCAUCAAGGAGCGCGUCCCGGACAGCCCCUCCCCCGCCCCCUCCCUGGAAGACGGCCGGAGACCCGGUAGCCACCCCUCAUCCCAGAGGAGCAGCAGCGUCUCCAGUUCCCCUGCACACACCGAGAGCUCCUCGGACCGGAUACAAGUGACUCGUGGCUCGAACGGCUGGGUACUACACUGCAACAACGGCGACCCUGGGUUCGAUUCCGGCCUGGGUCCUUUGCCGCUCCUUCCCCGUCUCUUUCUUCCCAACUCGCUUUCGGCGGUGCACCAGAAUGGGUUGUCCAUGAACCAAGCCCUCCUGGGCCUCUCCCCCAGCAUCCUGCCUGGGCCCAAGGAAGGAGACUUGGCUCACGACAUGACCCAUGAGUCCAAGCGGAUGCACGCAGAGAAAGCUGAUAGGUUAGCUGAUAUCUACAGAGGAUUCUGCCAUCCCACCACCCAGACUAAGAAAUACAUAGAGAAUCCCCUGUGCACGCCCACAGCGAGGGACAGCUACGAGCGUCUGACGUUGGCUGGCCAGGCCCUGCCGCCCGGCUUCCCCUCCCCGUUCCUCUUCCCCGACGGCCUGUCCUCAAUAGAGACCCUGCUGACCAACAUCCAGGGCCUGUUGAAGGUGGCUAUUGAUAAUGCGCGUGCCCAGGAGAAGCAGGUGCAGCUGGAGAAGACGGAGUUGAAGAUGGAGCUGUUUAGAGAGAGGGAACUGCGGGAGACCCUGGAGAAACAGCUCGCCAUCGAACAGAAGAACAGAGCCAUCAUCCAGAAGCGUCUGAAGAAGGAGAAGAAGGCCAAGAGGAAACUGCAGGAGGCGCUAGAGUACGAGUCCAAGCGGCGCGAGCAGGCCGAGCACACUCUCAAGCAGACAUCACCCUCAGAUAGCCUGCGCUCCCUCAACGACUCUCUGACCCAGGAGAUGGAGACUGACCGCAGUUCUGGCAGAACAGAUGCUGAAAGGACAAUACAAGAUGGAAGACUCUUUUUAAAAACCACCGUGAUGUACUGAUGUGACAAGUGGAAGAGAAGAGCCGGAGAAGGAGAAGAAGAUGAAGAUGUAUGAUGAAGAUUCGUAUGGAGGAUCCUUGCAGGCGUCUUGCCAGGAUUUCAGUCCCACAAACUGGUCUAGUCACUCGGGGGGACCUCCAGCCACGUUUGUGCGGCUUAGCGCCAGAGAAACGAUCCAACCAGAGCUUAGAAUUAGGACUUUCUCACAGACAUGGUCAUUACAUAGUGAGGGGAAGCGGAAAAGCAGACCACAACACAAGUCUGCUGUACAGAAGGCAACACAAAUUGAGCACAGUAAUAAUAAUAAUAAACUAAACACAUGUACCUAGGUGUACACUGGUUAUUAUGUUUCCAACCAAUCCACAGCACUGAAGAUUUUUAUACUGUAUUUAAACCAGCGAGAAAGCUUUCAUGGAAAGGAAAAAAAAAAUCUGCUUCAGAAGUUGGUCUGUUUGUUUUUUUUUCUUUCUCUCCUGUCUUUUUUUAUUGUAUUUUAAGAAAAUUCUUAACGGUCAUAGAUAUUUGACAAGAUGACAACAUAGUGGAUUCAGCCUCUGGGAAUGUGAAUUUGAAUAUAUGUUGCUCAACAACAACAAAAAAAACAACUGUUUGAGUUUGAAGUUUUCUAAAUUAGAAUGAAAUACAAUCAAGUUUCCUUUCUACCGUUGUUGUAUAUAACACAACAGAGGAUAAGUAAAAUCACUCACUAUGGUAUAUGUAUAUAAAGUCAAGGGGAAAAAAGCAAAAUGGUAUUGUGUAUCCAGUAGGACAAUUAGGGAAACAAUACCAACCAUUUAUAUGUACUUUAUAGAGUUGUUUUAUUAUUGUUUUUUUGUUUGUUUUUGUUUUUGCUUUGUUUGAGCCAUCGUUAUUUUCUGAUAGCUGCCGUUUUUGGUGAGGCUGCAUGCAGGCAUGUACAUGUGUGUCCUAAAAUGAUCAUAUUUAAUAAUAAAAAAGUAAAUACUUUACAGUGCCGAACAAAAUAGAUACAUCACUAAACCCCAGACUGAUUUCUACCCUGAACUUAUCAUUCAUUUGGAUGUUAGUAUCUCCAUAUUGAUCUCGUCAUGGCUAUCUGUAGUCACUACUUUUAAGGGAGUUUACUGUUUUUGAAGUAUUUAACACUAAACGGGAUGUGAUUUUUUUUUUUUUUUGAAGGUGUGUGACUUCAACCAGAAUAGAAAGGGGGGGAGAGACAAUGUUUUAAUUCGUAUUUCUCAUCAGCCUAUAAAAUAAGUUUGUAACAGAAGUUUGAAGAAGAAGAAGAAAAAAAACAUUUUAGUGUAUGGAGGUAUACCUGUUGUAAAGUCACAGUGAAGUUGACAUUCUCUCUGUAAUUUAAAGCCAAAUCUUGUAGGGCUCAGGAAGAGUCCACCUUCUAUACCUAUUUGUCCCUGCCCAGCCCGACACCUGGUGUCAUCCCUAUAUCACCCCCCGCCCCCACCUCCUCCCCCCUCCCUUCACCCCCUACUCCUCGUUCCCCUGUACUUGUUGUGUGGAAUCAGUGGUGUAAAACCUGGACGGGGGACUCGGACAGGAGAGGAGUAAAUAACCUGCAUCUUUAGCCCUGAGGGAAAAAUAGGAUCAGAUUUUUUUUUGCUUUUUAUUUUGUCAUUUUGUCUUUUCCUCUGCUUAGAAUCUACUAUACUGUAACCCUCUGUGGUCCUGCGAUACCUCAGUAGCACCCUGCCUCUCCAUCCCCCAUCCCCCAUCCCCCAUCCCUUCUCUGGUUCAACUGUACUGUAUAUAAAUAGAUAUACGCGUGUUGAUGAACAGACAACUGAGACCAGCAAGGCGCCUGGUUUGAUGUGGACACAUUUGAAAAUGAAUUCAACUUAUGUGCAGUUAUAUCAAUUGCUGUACUGUCUCCCCUUACAUUUCAGUGGACAUGCCCCGAUGGCUGGAGGAUCUGAUGAACUGCUGCCUCUGUUUCUGUUUUUCUGUUGCCAUCAAAGAAAGUCAUUGAAUUGAUGUUUGCUGUACUAUCAACGGUCAGAAAUAAAUGAAUAAAAAACACUUUUUACUAUUUGGGGAUGAACGAUAAUGACACAUCAUUCAAGAAUAAAUCACAGCAGAAUAUUUGCAGCAAACAGUUAAAAAAAAGAGCAAAGCUAUCCCUGAUACUUUUCAAUUUUUGUAAAA